AUGAAGAUACUACAUACUUACCGAGGACUCCUAAGAAGUGUUCGUCGAUUACCCUUAGAUGUUAUAACACUUGAGCGGGCAAAAUCAGAGCUUAAGAAUCGGUUCAAGGAUAGCCAUGGUCCUCAAAGUUCAUUGGUAACCAAGUGGCAGGCCACUUUCGAUGCCAUAUUACUUCGUCAUGAUUAUAGUCGAAUUAAUGACGUCUUUGAUGAUUUAUUUAAAAAGAGAACCCGAAACAGCAUGUCCAAAUGGUUGUAUCAACUUCGAGAAACCGACUAUUUGAAGUUGAAACCGUACUGGCCCCAGGUGGAAUUGAUCCAAGAAAUCAUAGACAAUGAGAGUAACGUUGUGACCAAAUAUGACCAGAAGUUAGCUCGACAACGAACAAAUGAUAUUUGUGUGUAUGAUUUCUUGAAAUUGGACAAGCAAAGGAAUAAUAGUGUUGAGAUGUAUGAUCUUUCACCUAUUAAAAGGCAAUUGGAAGUACCCACUGAUUCAUACAAAUGCAUAGUGGAAAGAGCUAAAGAAUUGUUUGAUUUCUUAAUGAAAAAUCACUCUCGACUUGAUAUUUCCAACAAAGUUGCAAACUUUGAAAUGAUAUAUGAACCGACAACCACUGGACUUCCAUGGUCAGCUGAUUAUCGUGAUCUGAGAUUAAGGAAACAUAUUAGUAACAUCAAAUUGUUAUUUGAGUCUAACCUUCCAAUGAAACAAGAUGAUUUGGCACAACUUUCGUCUAUAAUGUUGGAUCCUAACUUUACCAUUAAUCCAAUAUUCUACAAGGUAAUGAUUCGUGAGAGAGAAAAGGCUUUAGAAACCCCCCCAAACCCUUUAGUUUCCAAACAUCUUCAAUUGAAACAAUUGUUGGUUCAAUAA